GUAGCGUUGCACUAAACCCAUAUAACACUGGCCUUGACAUUGAGGCCUUUUCUUGCAGAAAUCACCAGCAGAAUGUGUUCUGGUGCGUGAGCCAGCCAAGGCUGAAGGUUUACUCUGGUUUGUGUUGAUGGCUUUCAGAUCUGCAGCGCUGGUACCGUGCUGUAUGACUGCUAAAUGCAUUCCUGUUGUUGAGUUCAUUCUAAUAUUCAUGUCCUUGCCACACAGAUCACAUUGAGAAUGACCCUUGAUGAAAGAAAAACAUGCUCGCUGUCUCUGUACAUGGCCUUUUACCGGAAAAACUACUUGGUAUUAUAGAGAAAAGCGGCGGUUGUGGUUGUAUAUGUAUUUUUGGACUUAAGGUUUACGUGAGGUUAGUGGUGAAUUAUUUUGAUUCAAAUCAUAUAUUCCAAACUUACUCAACCAAUUUUAGAUUUUAAUUUGAUUGGUUUAUGAACAUUUUCAGUGCAAUCUAAUGAAAUAUUGCAAUAUUCCCAAAUACAGCAGGGAUUUCUGCACAGACAAGCAUGUGUAUGUGCUGAAUUUGGCAGCUGUGCGAGUGUUAAUGAAAAAGUAUUGAUCAGGGAAGGAAUCAUACUUUGUUUCAGCUCAUUGAUUGAUGCGGUUGCCGGGUGCUCUUAGGUCACGGGGCAUAAUAAUGCCACCUCCAAGUGACGGCCCGCCCCAUAAUCCUUUGUGUUUGUACUGCAUCUCUAAAGCCCUGAGCGUUCCUCAUCCCUCAGCGGAUUCACUCUAUCUUAUUUCUUGAUGCAAUCUGAUGGAACAUGCUGAUGUAAAUACCAAGGCCCACUGGUGUGCUCCAGCUGAGGCUUAUCCCUGGGUAAUAAAAAAUGGAACAAAUCAGCCCAUAAUCCCUCCUCAGCUAUUGUUCUUGGAGCAGACUGACCCCUCGCCAAAAAAAUAAAGAUUCUUCUGUUGAAUUCUGCCUUGUCAGAAUUUCAGAAUGCUUUCGUCUUGCUGUGAAAUGCAAUGCUGUGAAAUUUCCUUUCCAAGUGUUGGUUUAUGGCCUGAGUUUCUAUUCUCUUACCCCUUUCUUUCUGUCUCUAACCAGGUUUCCCUGAUUUUCCAGGGAGUCCUAAGCGAUGGAAGUGCUGCAGUGCGAUGGCUGUGAUUUCCGUGCAGAGUCGAACGAUGAGCUCAAGGCGCACAUACAAGACGUCCACACGGCCUUCCUGCAGCCCACAGAAGUGGGAGAAGGUGACGAGUCACCCAGACAGUCCAGGUCAAACUCGUUAAACUCCCUCAGCCAAACAGAGGACGAGGAAGACUUGAGCAAUCACAAUUACGACUCGUUAAAAAAAGAAACCGGCAUCCAAUCCAUUAACAAAGACCUUGGGCACUUCUCUGGUUCAAAGCAAGCGAAACGCAACCAGACAGCAAAACCUUCGAACAAAACGUCAACUCCAUUUUUCCAGUGCAAGUUCUGUGUGCGGUACUUCAGAUCCAGCUCUCUUCUCAGUGAACACACCAGGAAGGUCCAUGGAGAAGCAAGCGAUGAGAGAUCCCUCAAAACUUCCAAGAAGGCCAGCUGCAGCGCUACGACUUACGAUGGUGUAGGAACGGUCUUUUCCUGCCAGUAUUGCACUUAUAAAUCCCCACACAGAGCACGGAUUCUGAAACACCAGAAAAUGUAUCACAAAGAAGGUCUACCAGGCCACUCGGCUCCUCCUGUUGGAGCAGAGGUUUUGGAUUUGAACUCUGACGCCUCCUCUGUUGAAGAACAAUGUGAAGAGUCGCCAGGGGAUGUAGAACGUAAUGUGCUGGAAUCUAUGAUCACGCCCCAGUCAAGAGGAGGCUUUGACUGUGAGUGGUGUGGGUUUCAGACUUCGCAAAGGCAGCAGUUAGCCGAUCACAUGAUGAAGAAACACCGUAACAUGGUGAAGAUCAUGGUGUCCUUGCAACAGCCCAAAAUGCAGGACAGACGUGCAGGGUCCAGCAAGUCUGAUUCUGCUUCAUCCAGGAGAAGCACUCCAACCGCCACGGCCAUGACGAUCUUACACUGGGCUUAUCAGGACAGUGUGUUGGAGGCUGGUUAUCACUGUGAGUGGUGCAUAUAUUCUCACGCUGAACCAAGCGGGCUGCUCAUGCAUUACCAAAGACGCCAUCCUGAGCACAAUGUUGACUACACCUACAUGGCCAGCAAACUAUGGGCUGGUCCUGAUACUUCUACCAGCAGACAAGCUGGGAACUCUGAAACGAAGCAUUACCAAUGCAGAGAUUGUGCCUUUGAGGCAUGCUCCAUCUGGGAUAUUACUAACCAUUACCAAGCGGUGCACCCUUGGGCCAUCAAAGGUGACGAGUCUGUCCUGCUCGACAUUAUCAAGGGAAACCAAGCACCUGAUAAGCUGCUCCCACAACCGCCCAAAGGACACGUUUCCAUGUCCAGUCCAUUCAACAGCAACCAGCAGGAAGAGGCUGCAGUUGAAGUCAGCCGCCCAACACAUGAGCGACAGACUAAUCUCUCUCUGUCUGUCGCGUCGUCUAUCUCAAACAACUCUUACCAGUGCACCGUGUGCUUGUCUGAGUACAACAGUCUUCAUGGGCUUCUGACCCACUAUGGCAAAAAACACCCGGGCAUGAAAGUGAAAGCUGCUGACUUCGCUCAGGAGGCAGACAUCAACCCUAGCUCUGUUUACAAGUGCAGACAAUGUCCGUACGUGAACUCGCGCAUCCAUGGAGUUCUCACACACUACCAGAAACGACAUCCUUCCAUCAAAGUCACGGCUGAAGACUUUGCCAAUGAUGUCGAGCAGGUAAACGAGUUGGUUAACGAGGGGGAUGAGCGAUCUAAAACCCAGAGGCAGGGCUACGGUGCUUACCGCUGCAAGUUGUGCCCUUACACACAUGGCACUUUAGAGAAACUCAAGAUACACUAUGAGAAAUAUCAUAACCAGUCUGCCGCAGACAUGUUCAAAGCAACUGCCAUGCAGUCGCAGACCAGAAGAGACAAUUCGGUUGCUGAAUGCAGCAGCAGCAGUGUGACCGAAGUCUCAGAGGCCUGUGACUUUGACCUCAAGCUUCCCGAAGUCGCGAAGAGCGACAAGCAUGCAUUGUUUAAAUGUCAGCUGUGCAAAUACUUCUGCUCCACCCGGAAAGGUAUCGCUCGUCACUACCGUAUCAAGCAUAACAAUGUCAGAGCGCAGCCCGAAGGGAAGAACAAUGUCUUUAAAUGUGCCCUCUGUUCCUACACCAACCCCAUCCGCAAAGGCCUCGCAGCACACUACCAGAAACGGCAUGACAUUGAUGCCUACUACACGCAUUGCUUGGCAGCAUCCAAGACGGUGGGGGAGAAACCGAACAAGGUGAUGGUGCCCUUGGCAUCAGAGGCAGAGGCUCCAGCGAUGAGCGAAGAGCUAAGGCUUGCGGUGGACCGAAGGAAAUGUUCACUCUGCUCCUUCCAGGCUUUCAGCAGAAAGAGUAUUGUUUCUCAUUACAUAAAGCGCCACCCAGGAGUCUUUCCCAAGAAGCAGCCCUCCAGCAAACUGGGCCGUUACUUCACUGUGAUCUAUUCCAAGGAGGCCGAGAAACCUCCAUCUACGGAGGAGGUGGAAAUCGUUGAAGUUAAGGAUGAGGUGGAACCUGAAGGUGACGUGGACUGGCUCCCCUUUAAAUGCCUGAAAUGCUUCAAGCUUUCGUUCAGCGCGGCCGAGCUGCUCGUGGUGCAUUACAAUGACUGCCACGACAAGGAGCUCAAGCGGGAUUUCGUCACCAUUCCGAGCCCCGCAGAAGAUGGGAUGGAGCUCUACCAGUGCACCCACUGUGAAAUCAAAUUCUUGACUCUUCCAGAACUCUGCGUCCAUCUGAUAAACCACAAUGAGGAUUUCCAGAAAAGAGCCAUGAGGCUUGAACGAAGAAAACAGCUUCAAAGCAAGCAGAGGACGACAGAGCCGCCAGAAGCCAAACCGGAAAAUAAGGUGGAUGGCACCCCCGAUAAGACUCCCAUCGGCUACAGGUGCAACUUCUGCGUGGAGGUCCACUCCACCCUCCGGGCCAUCUGCAACCACCUGAGAAAGCAUGUGCAGUACGGGGAGGCCAAGGAGGGACACGUGAAGGUACGAGCGUCCAAUGUUACUUCAUGCUUCAUUAAGGGUGAACACACGUAUAAGUGCAUGUCGUGUCCGUUCUCCACCAUGACCAUCAUCCAGCUGAAGGAGCACUCGCUGCAGGAGCACGGAGAGACGCUCACGCUGCCCAAACUCAGAGCUGGAGCCGCGCUGCGCUCCACACGACCCACCGCUGAACACGACGAGCAGGACACGGCCCUCGACCCACAAUGCACCGGUAAGACCCAACACUGGGGUGAAAGGACUGUUAACGGCAGCAAGAACGACGGCAGUCCUGUGCCCUCGUCAGCGCUGCCUCUGAUUGGUCCAGCAGCUGUGAGUGACAGAGGGCUGGACCUAUCCAGUAACACUGUGGAUCAGUCUGACCAAUCCAAGUGUCCGAUUCAGACCGAGGAAGACAAAGAGACGCAGGAGACCAAAAACGAUCCUUAG